AUUGCUGCUCCAAUAAUAUAUCAUUUAAUUGUAUUGUGAUGUGUCUACUCUAGUAUUCUAUACGUUGUGACCAAUGAUGAUAGAUUGGUCUGUAGGGGUUCAUUAAGGCAUACUCCCUACUUCCUUCUAGAUCCGAAGACAACUGAUCAAAUUUUACAAUGUUGCUUAUUGCUGGCGGUUAUGAAGGUGGUUUAGUAGGCCUCGAUGUCCCUCAAAUUGACGAAGCAUUGGGAUUUGAUUCCUCAUCCAUUCAUUCUGAACAAGUAACUCUGGCCUUCCGAUUUCUUUGUUCUCAGGGUUCUAUUCGCUGCUUAGCAUUGGGCUCUGAUUUCUUGUGUUGCGGAGGUUCUGAUGAGACAGUCCAGAUAUAUGGAUUGCGUCACCGCAAGAAGCAUGGUGACCUUAUGCUUUCUGAUGGUUGCAUCACAGCUAUAGGUGCCGUGGGUUCCAUCUCUAAUGGGUUGAUUUUGGUUGCCAAUGAGCACGGGGCAUUGGACGUUUACUCAUCACGACAUCUCGGCCAUUUAAAGCAGUUAAAGGGCCACAAAGCUCCUGUUACUUCUAUAAGUAUUCACCCUAAUGGUGAAUUGGCGUUAUCGGUAUCGGAAGAUUUUACAUUGCGUCUAUGGGACGUAAAAACAUUUAUGUGCGUUUUUUAUUCGCGUUUGAAGGAGCCAAUUAUUGGUGCGGAGUGGCAUGGUGAUGGUAAGACGUAUUAUAUUUUAUUGGAAUCGCAAUUGUUGAUAUUUUCAUUGUCUGAGGAUGUCAAGCCUCAGCUAUACAAGGCUGAGGGUGGCCAAAAGCAUACGUGUGCCAGUUGGUUUGGCACUUACGUUGCUGUUGGAUGUCGUUCUGGAUCUGUGGUAUUAUAUCCAGUUGUACCUGGUAUUCCUGUGUGUUCGGGUAAGCUCCACACCAAGCGCAUCAAAGGCAUUGUUGGUAUGUCUGGAUGCAUUGUAACAGUCGAUUCUGAUGGAAUCUUAGUAUUCCUAAAGGUUACAGACAACAAUGGAGUUGUAUUUUCCGAGUUAUUUCGUUACGGCGUAGAGAUGCGAGUCAACGUUUUAAUUUGCAAGCCUGACUAGCGUAGACGGCUGCAUAUAACUAAGUGGGUUGCACAAGAAAGAGUUUAACAUUGUUUUUUGAUCGCAUGAUCAUUUGCCACGUUUUACGUUAGGUGUUGAUAUUAUGCCCUUGACUAGGAGUAUGCUGGGUACCGUAUCUUCACCUUGUUGUUGGGUCACGCACAAUUUUUGUGUUCGUUUUUACAGUGCUGCAUUGUCAUAUGAUGACUGUCAUUAUGCGGAUUGCCUGGAGUAAAGCAUUGGCGAAAGUGCUCUUGCGUUCUAAACGGGAAGAAUCUUUGUGUUACGUAUAAACAACGUGACACAGUAAUUGAUCCCUUACACAAAUACAUAUAUGCACAUACAUAAAUAACCAUCUGCUCUUAACCGAUGUUCGCUGGCAUUUAAUGUCAGUUCCCCAUCGGUAACCCAUUAAACAGGCUGCGCAGGCCAGGU